CGUCAUGUCCGUGCGACGACCACCGCCACUCGGGAGGUCAGUCGCUCCAGACACCGGUUCUUCGACGUCAAUUCCAGUCGGAAAUUUCAGAUUCGAAAAGGGUGCAGCUGCCAUGUCCAGUGGGAGGGACUCGCACCGACACGAUGCAGCUCAAUGGGAGGGUCAUCCACAACGUUGUACGUUCUUCCUCGAGGUCUUAGCCGAGGAGAAAAGUGAGGGUCGUAUGCCACAAGACUACCUCACAAAUAUGCUUUACCGAAAAUUGGCUGAUCGUUUUUUCGACAAAUUCCAAGUAUGGCACGAUAAAGGCCAGUUCCGUAAUCACUAUAAUUCGAGGAGAGAUCAGUGGAGAUUGGUGAAGGAGCUACAAAUACUCCAAACGGAGGAGGAAGUCUUUUGAGGAGGCAAUUGACAUUUUAUAUUUUUUAAAAUACUCCAAAUUAAUUUUUUGAAGUGAGAAAAUGAGUAGAUUAUUGAGGAAAUUGGGAAAAAAGUGUUUUAAAUUUGUUGAAAAUUUUAUAAAAAAGUAAAGGGUAAAAUAGAAAAGAAGGAGGAGCAAUGUUGGAGAGAGAAAAGUGAUGUGAUUGAUUUUAGUGUUUUUUGAAAAACAUAAAAAAAAAAAAAAACGAAAUGGAAUGAGGCCUA